GAAUCUUACCAAUCCUGUCCACACACACGAAUAACCAAUCAGGUCAGCAGGCUGCCCGGCGCCCCGCCAACGCAGAACAGGCGCCUCCACCUCCUCCCUAGUCUCAUCUCAUCUCCUCUCCUCCAAUGAGUCCGUCAGGCCGGUAGCCGCGGCCGUGGGCGCGUCGACAUCAGGCAUGGCCACCGCCGCCGCAAUGGCGCCGCUCCCACCCCAUCUUCGAGCAACGUGCGCCGCGGUAAUCAAGAUCCCGUUCCCCCUCUCACGAUCCCAUUCAACUCUCCACAAGAGCUCUUCUCCAGAGUGCGGCGGCGGCACUGUUGCAUCACCAUCGUCAUCAUCAUCAUCGUUAUCGUUACCGAAGAGGAGCUCGUUCUCCAGAGGCCAGUUCGAUGCGGCUCGCUUCGCGUUUCGCUUGGUUUCAUUCGGUCGGAGGAGAAGACGGAGAGGCUGGCCUGUGUGUGUCCUCCCCUUGACUGAAGAGAAUGUCGAGAAGGUUCUGGAUGAGGUGCGGCCAGGCCUGAUGGCGGAUGGCGGGAAUGUGGUGCUGCACGAGAUCGAUGGGCUUGUGGUGGUGCUGAAGCUGCAAGGGGCGUGCGGCUCCUGCCCAAGCUCGACGAUGACUCUCAAGAUGGGCAUCGAGACCCGGCUGAGGGACAAGAUCCCUGAGAUCCAGGCAGUAGAGCAGAUACUUGACACUGAGACCGGGCUUGAGCUUAGCGAGGAAAAUGUUGAAAAGGUUCUUGAUGAGAUCAGACCAUACCUUGCUGGAACAGGAGGUGGUGCGCUAGAGCUUGUUCAGAUCACCGAUUAUAUUGUGAAGAUCCGGCUUAGCGGGCCUGCAGCAGGAGUUAUGACUGUCCGAGUAGCUGUAACACAAAAGUUGAGAGAAAAAAUUCCUAUAAUCGCAGCUGUCCAGAUCUCAGAGUAGUAUACAAAUUCAAGCAAAUCACUGGUAUAACAUAAUUUUUGGCUCUUUGCAUAAUCAUAGAUUAAUCAAUGACACAAGUUUCACUUCUUACCUUCAGUUACACCAGGAUGAAACUGUUAAUAUAUGUUUAUUUAGUGUAUGCUCAGUUGUACAAAGUGAUCGCAAAAUCUCUUUUUUGGAUUUGAUUUCCGCAGCUAAAAAA